AACAUGGCGGCCCAAGAUGAAGUUGACGUAUGUGAAAGUUGGGAGGACAUGGACGAUAUUGGCUUAGACAACAAGAUCAAACUAAUGUCCAGUGUUCCUGCCCCUGUGAAAUCUACACUGAAAGGUUGCAAGGUUACUAACGUAAUAGUUGAUGAGAGCGCGUGUAUCGGAUCUCAGUGCAUGAUGCCGGAGCCAGCAAUUCGUAUACUAAAGAGACCGUCAAGUCUGGCGAGCGGCCAGCUAAACGGAGAGAGUCGCGCGCGUCCAGUAAAGACUUUAGAACAAAGGCAAAAAGAGUACGAGCAAGCUCGCUUGCGAAUACUAGGAGAAGCACGUAGCCCUGAGGAUGUAAUAGACGAUAAUUUGAAACGGUUGCAAGAGAAAUUCCAAGCCAAUAAUAUCAAUGACACACAGAGUUCGGGUAAAACAAAAAUCUGUCAUACUGACAAUGCCAAAGGAAAAGAAAAGAAAGUUUUGACACGGUUGCCAGCGGGAGCCACCGCAUCUGGGAUAUUCCCUUCCCCACCACCUCCCGGAGUCCUAGUGAUAAGAACACCAAGAGGACCUGACGGUACAAAAGGUUUUCUCCGGAGGUAGCAUUGACAAUGUAAGAUACCUUCCUAAAUUAUCUUGUUAAGUAUCCAUCCAUGAUCAACCAUGUCUUCAGUUAAAUAUCUUUAUGAGUAUACAUUUAGUUAAGGCUUGUUUUAUACCUUAAUUGAAUUGUGCUUAAUAAUUAAAUUUAUUAUAGUUACACAUGUACAUUAGAGAUGAUUUUUGAUAGUUUACCUA